AUGAGAAAAGCAAAACAAAAAUUUGUUGAAAUAAUUAGGCGGGAAAAAUUUCAAGCUGGCCAAAGGACUCUCAUUUUAGGGCUCGAACUUUACAAAAAAGAAUUGCUGUUUCAUCGUUCAAUUCACAAUGAAUACUAUUUCUUUGAAUUUGGAGGACCCAAUUCGGGACGCAAUUUCAAGGAUCCGAUUCGGCCCACAUUCCAACAAUCUGCUCAUUUCUUCUUGGGAUUCUAGUCUUCGAUUGUACGAUGUAGAUAGCUCUAAGCUUCGAAUGGAAGCUCCCGGGAAAGCUUCUCUCCUCGAUUGCUGCUUUGAGAACGAGAGGGUGUGCCUUAGUGCUGCGUCUGAUGGUUCAAUUUACAGGUAUGAUUUGGAUUCCGGGGUUAAAGUCUCAGUGGGAAUUCAUGAUGAUGUAGCAACCUGUGUUGAGUAUUCUCCUACAACAUGUCAAAUAAUUUCUGCUGGUUGGGAUAGAAAGAUAAAUUUUUGGGAUGCUCGUUCAACCCAAUCUCAUGGCUGCUCGAACAGCUUAGCUUCAGAGGUGGAGUCAAUUUCACUAUCUGGGUUCAGUUUGAUGGUUGCUGCUGGAUCCUCAGUUGAUAUAUAUGACCUACGAAGUUUUAAGAAAUCAGUUCACACGAAAGGCGUCAAAGUAAAAUGUGUACGGCCAAUUUUUAAUCCUAAAGGAUUUAUUGUUGGAUCAGUUGAUGGGCGAGUUCUUCUGGAGUACAUCUGCAGAUCCAGCUCAGACGAGGGAUACGCAUUUAGAUGUCAUCCAAAGAGUAAAGAUGGGAAACGUCAUCUUGUAACAGUUAAUGACAUUGCGUUUAACCCAUCCAUUAUUGGUUCAUUUGUCACUGGUGACAAUGACGGCUAUGUCACCUUGUGGGAUGCUCGGGCAAGGAAACGGAUGUUUGAGAUGCCAAGGUAUCCCAAGAGUGUUGUCUCUCUAUCAUAUAGCCAUGAUGGAUUGCUUUUAGCAGUUGCAUCCAGUUAUGCAUACCAAGAAGCUAAUGAAAUAGAAGAGCCACCUCAGAUAUUUAUACAUGAAAUAGGGAACUUUUAUCUCACGUCCCCUUCUUCUGGAGCUUCAAAGUACAAAUGACUGCAAAUACACGUCUCAGAUUCUGUUCAAGCUACAACUCUUAUACAGUAAUUUUUGCUGGUACCUGUGCACGAAUUGGCUUUUCCGGGCUCACGUUCCCUGAUAUCUAUUUUGACUCUUACCAAGAUUAGAACGAAAGGGCUCAACAGAAAAGCGGAUACUCUCCUGAUGUAUUAAUGUCUAACAAAGUGUUUGCUCCAAGUGGAAUAUAUUUUGCAGUUGUAUUUUUCAUCAACCGUAAAAGAAUGUGUUUCUUGGAAAACCAUAUGUUAUGUUCUUUUGCUUGGUUAUAGCAAACGUUUCUCUUCUUUAGGUUAUACAUCCAAAUGAAAACCUUGAAGUGUUUGGAAUAGUUAUCAAAAUUAAAGGCCUUUUUUUCCUUUUA